AUGUCUAGGUUCGCCAGAGGUUCCCGCCUUAUCAGGCGUCUGGCUAUACCUGCCUCGGUCGCCGUUGUCGGUGGUGGUGCCCUCCUCUACACCUACCGACCUCUCAACAUCCCUGGUUACGAAGGCGCCGCCGUCCCUCCCCCGAUCUACGGUGCUGAUGGCAGCUUCAAGCUCCCUCGCUUCCCCCGCGUCAAAUCCCGCCUAGAACAGAUCGAGCAGUUGAAGAAGAGCAAUACCAAAGAGGAGGAAUAUGACAUGCUGGUCAUUGGCGGCGGUGCCACCGGCGCUGGUGUUGCGCUCGACGCUGCCACGCGAGGCUUGAAGGUGGCCAUGAUCGAGCGCGACGACUUCAGCAGCGGCACUAGCAGUAAGAGCACCAAGCUCGUGCACGGUGGUGUAAGAUAUCUCGAAAAGGCCGUAUGGAACCUCGACUGGAACCAAUACCAGCUGGUGAGGGAGGCUCUGAAGGAGCGCAAAUAUUUCCUGCAGACCGCUCCCCAUCUCAGCUCGUGGCUACCAAUCAUGGUACCGCUGGACAAGUGGUGGAAAGCUCCAUACUACUGGGCCGGUUGCAAGUUCUACGACUUCCUCGCCGGCAGUGAGGGCAUCGAGGGCUCCUACUUCAUGACCAGAAGCAAGACGCUCGAUGCUUUUCCCAUGUUGAAUCAGAAGGAUCUUGUGGGCUCAUUGGUCUACUACGAUGGCGCGCACAACGACUCGCGGAUGAACGUAUCCCUCGCCAUGACCGCUGCCCUCUAUGGCGCUACAGUUCUGAACCACGCCGAGGUGACGGGUCUGGCCAAGGACAGCAACGGCCGGUUAUGUGGUGCUACCAUCAAGGACCGCAUCCCUGAGCGCGAUGGUGAGAGUACCGAGGACAUCAACAUCAAGGCCAAGUGUAUCAUCAACUGCACCGGUCCCUUCAGCGAUGCGAUACGGAAACUCGACGACCAGAACUGCAAGGAGAUUGUUGCACCGGCCUCUGGCGUUCACGUCAUUCUUCCAGGAUACUUCAGCCCGGCCAAGAUGGGAUUGAUCGAUCCUUCGACCUCUGACGGACGUGUCAUCUUCUUCCUUCCCUGGCAAGGCAACACCAUCGCGGGUACUACCGACGAGCCUGCCAAGAUCACGCAGAACCCUCUGCCAGAUGAGAAGUCGAUCCAAUGGAUUCUGAACGAGGUCGGCCACUACCUGUCUCCGGACAUCAAGGUCCGCCGCGGCGAUGUCCUUGCCGCAUGGUCGGGUUUGCGACCUCUUGUCAAGGACCCCAAGGCUACCAACACGGAGUCGCUCGUCCGCAACCAUCUCAUCGACAUCUCCGACUCUGGACUGAUAACGUGCGCUGGUGGAAAGUGGACUACGUACCGACAGAUGGCCGAAGAGUGCGUUGAUGCUGCCAUCAAUGAAUUCAAGCUCAUCACCAAGCCCUUCCCCAAUGCGCCCAUGGUCAGCGGAACUGAGGCUAUUGACGACGGCGCCAUCCUUGACGGAUCGUGCCAGACGCAUAGCGUUCGCCUCAUCGGCGCCCACGGCUUCAGCAAGACGCUCUUCAUCAACCUAGUCCAGCACUACGGCGUCGAGACCGAAGUCGCCAAGCACCUGACCGAGAGCUACGGUGACCGCGCAUGGACCGUCGCGUCCAUGUGCAAGGCCACCAACCUACGCUUCCCCGCAAGAGGCGAGCGCAUCUCUCGCCUCUACCCAUUCGUCGAUGGCGAGGUUCGCUACGCCAUUGGCUACGAAUAUGCCCAAACCGCCGUCGAUGUUCUGGCACGUCGGACCAGAAUGACGUUCCUGAACGCCCAGGCCGCCCUGGAAUGCCUGCCCCGCGUCAUCGAUAUCAUGAGCAAGGAGCUGAAGUGGGACAGCAAGAGAGAAGAACGGGAAUGGAAAGACACCGUUGCUUUCCUCGAGUCCAUGGGCCUGCCGCAGCCCAUGUUGUCCGCCACGAGGGCCGAUAUCGAAAAGGGCAAAUUCGACUUUACCUCGUCCCUUGAGUACAAGAUGUACUCCCGGCACGACAAGCCUGCUAUUGAGGACGAGGAGGUAAAGAAGGUUAUUGAGGCGUAG